AUAUUUAACUAAAAGUUACUGCAAAGAUUAUCAAUCGCUAGCACUACCAAAGCACACCUAACAGCAUCACAAUGUCCCAAUCGAAGUUGAAGCAGGUGUUUAGCUACCAAUCAUGGGUGCAUGCAGUAUCUGGAUCCGCGGGUAGCGUGAUUGCGAUGUCGGCCUUCUACCCUCUAGACACCGUACGCAGUCGUUUACAGUUGGAAGAACCGGAACGGCGCAAAGCACUUAGCACAUGGCGUAUCCUCCGUAAUUUGAUCGAUGAGGAAGGCUUUGAAACGCUUUACCGUGGGCUGGUUCCUGUGUUGGAGAGUCUGUGCAUUUCCAACUUUGUCUACUUCUACACCUUCCACAGUCUGAAGGCGCUACGCAACGGGGGCCAAUCGGCGCUGGGUGAUCUGCUGCUCGGUUCGCUGGCCGGUGUUGUCAACGUACUGACGACGACUCCCUGCUGGGUUGUUAACACCCGGCUAAAGAUGAAAGGACUCGGUCAGCACGGCAAACGAAAUGGUUCCAGCGGCACCGAUGUACAGUACGACGGGUUAAUCGAUGGUCUGCAGUACAUCGCACGGACCGAGGGUGUGCGAGGGUUGUGGGCCGGUGCUAUUCCCUCCCUUAUGCUCGUCAUUAAUCCUGCCAUACAGUUUAUGGUGUACGAGGCCCUCAAACGCCGACUUACGGCAGGUGGAACCGCAAAGACACCACCGUCCGCAGUCACGUUCUUCAGUAUAGGUGCGAUCGCGAAAAUGAUUGCUACCGUACUGACCUACCCUCUGCAGCUUGUCCAGACAAAGCUACGACACGGAAAUGCCGACCGAAAUCUAAAUCUACCACCCGACGUAGACACGGUGCAGAUGCUGCUCAUCAUCCUAAAGCGACAGGGUGUUGCUGGUCUGUUCCGCGGAUUGGAGGCAAAGCUGCUGCAAACGGUUAUGACCGCUGCACUAAUGUUUAUGGCUUACGAAAAGAUUGCACGAUUUGUCACGUCGUUGCUACUAUCGAAGGGUGGCGUCACUGCGGUACGACACUGAUGCUGUCGGGAGCUGUCCCGUCACCAAAAAUUUCCAAAGGCUAUAUCCAGCACUGUCUCUCUCUCUUUAUAUAUAUCCCUUUUUCGGGCGACUAUUUGCUUGGUUUGGAUAGGAGAAUUAGGGCUUAUUCGUGCUACAUCUGUCUAGUCUACGACGAACAAAGUGUUUCAUAUUUUAUUGCUUAAUUAAUUGGGUAUUCUCUCUUCUUUUGCACCUGUGAUGAUAGUUAUCGUCCUUUUAUCGACAUUCCUUCAUGACUACUUUUUAAGUCGCUCACGUUGCAGCAAUCGCGCUGCGUGACGAAUAAUUUGUUUCAGUUGCAUUUAAUUAUACUGCGCAUGGUAAUAUGCGCAGAUUUUUCACAUCAAUUUUGUUUCGGGUGAGAGCUAUAAAUGGGUUCCAAGUAGAAAGUGAUAAGAAUAUGUUAGUUAACGGUAGUCUUCUGUUUUGACUACGUUUAAGUUAUCGCCCUGCGUGGCAAGUAAGUAGAUUAUGGUCAACAAUAGGACAUGGAAAAAUGGUUGAAGGAAUGGAAAAUAAAAAUUAAUGAACACUGAA